AUGGCCAAGAAAGACAGCUUCGAUAUCAAGGAAGUUCAUCUGAAACUGCUUGAUGAUCUUGUCAAUGUCAAUUCUCUGUUGACUAUAGCUGUGUUCGUCGGCUUAUCCAUGGCUACCCCGGGUAUAAAGAGCCUUGAUCCAAGAGAAGAGUGUCACUCUGGAGCAGGGGAGGCAAAAAUGCUGAUUUUGUAUGAAGUUAUCGCGUUUUCUUGCUUCCUGUUGUCCAGCAUUAGUGCCAAGGUACUUAAACUUCAUCUGUACCUCGACGGGGCACGUUAUAACUUCAUAACUCGCAAUUUUGAUUUGAAAGAUUUUAUGUUGGUAUUGUCUGCAUGCGCCUCUGUUGCUGGGAUAGUGUCGCUGUCUCUGUCGAUUGUGAACAUAAUUCAGAUUCGAAUUGGAUUGUUGUCGUGCGGGUGUAAAGAAUCUAGGAUUGGUGUGCUGUGUCUCGGUGUGCUUGUUGGCUUUGCUUUGGUUAUCUAUGUAGUGUCGAUGGCUAUAGCUAUUUUCGCUUCCUUCAAAAGUGAUGUUGCUGGGUCUGAAACUGAUGAGAAGAAGAAUACUGACAGCUCUGGUGGGAAUCCAACUGUUUAUGCUCCACUUCAGUCUGCAGGAGGUUCCGGGGGAGGCCUCCAACUAUAA